AUGAGCGCGACAACAAACGAUGAUAAUUUGUUACCAGUGGGUGUUGAUUCUCUAUCAGAUUAUACACCACAUAAACUUCAUCUUCUAUUGGCAUUACCUAUACCUGUUAGUAUAGAAACAUCAUCAAAUAAUAAUAAUAAUAAUAAUAAUAAUAAUAAUAAUAAUAAUAAUAAUAAUAAUGAUAAUAAUGAUAAUUCUCCAAAUGUAUCAAACCAAUCAUCAAAUAAACCGAAAAAAUCAUCAAAAAAAACAAAUUUAAUACGUUAUUUUAUACCAAUAACUCGUAUUCGUGCUUCAUCAGCACCUAAUGAACGAGAUAACAAAUAUCGACCGAAAACAUCAAUGAAAUCUAUCGAUCAAUGUGACAUGCGUCUUUUUAUUAUCAGACAUGGUGAACGAGUUGAUCGUUAUUUUGGUCCUAAUUGGUAUAUGUUGGCUUUUGAUCAACAAAAUCAAUAUCGUCCUUAUCAUCGAAAUUUUCCUCCACACUUACCUCAUCGAACAAAUCAAUUAUUUUGGGCACUUGAUACACCAUUAACAUUAUCUGGUUUGAAUGCUGCAAAAAGACUUGGUCGAAUCUUUGCUUCCAAAGAUUUUAAACCAAAUUAUAUUUAUUCAUCACCAGCUAUGCGUUGUAUAUUAACAACAAUGCAAAUUUUAAAAGGUCUUGAUUUAGAAAAUAAAAUACCAAUUCGUAUUGAACCAGGUUUAUUAGAAUUAGGUGCUGCAAGAUUUGGUAUGAAUAUUUUUUAUCAACCAAUAGAUUGGGUUAAAUAUGGUAUUAAUAUUGAUUUAUCUUAUAAACCUAUAAUAACAAAUAUUCCUGCAUUUGAAUAUGAAAAUACAUAUUAUCUUCGUUCAAAACAUGUUAUACGUGAAAUUGAAAAACUUCAUAAUGAUCCAUCAUUGCCGUUAGUUAAUAUUCUAAUCAUUGCUCAUGCAACGUCUCCAGAAACAUUAACAUGGGAUUUAAUUGGAAAAGAACCGAAUGUCAAUGAUUUAUAUCAGCUUUCAUUAAAGAUUGCUUAUUUACAAACGGUUAUAACUGAACGUAAACAAGAAAAUAAACUAUGGUCUGUAAAAUCAGGACGAUGGAUUUAA